CCCCCAAUCUUCAGAAAUUUCGGAUUCUUAUAUUUUGACAAAACGGAAAAGCAAGACAGAGAAAAGCAAGGGAGGUAGACCAAAAAUGCCGAUUUGGGAUGAUUAUAGUGAAGGUGAAGAAGAUGGUCAUGGACAUUAUGGAGCCAAUUGUCAUUAUUGUGAUAAAGGAAGGUGGCAGCGUGGCAAGCCUUCAGUUAUGGAAGCUCAUUUGGCACUUCACUGCAAGGGACCUGUACCAGAGGAUAUUAGAAAGAAAUGGUUAAUUGAAGUUGCUAAAAGAGGUGAAAAAGCGAAUAAUGAUAAAGAUGAUGAUGUUCCAAUUGGAAAAAAAGUCAAAACUGUCAAUCAAUCAAUUACUUCACACUAUAGACCUGUUAAUAUGUUAUCUUCUCAACAAUCUGCAGAUAUUACAAAAGCAUUGCUUAAAGCUUUU